AAGAUAUCAUCCAGAAGAGGUGUUCCCACUAUAAUUCAAAUAUCUUGUCAAAUUUUCCGGCAUAUUUGCGAAUAUUUACAGACGCUAUUUUGUAUAAAAACGGCACCACCAUGCUCUAGAGCAGAAAACCUGGAAAAACCUCAUCAUUUCGAAACUUUAAGUUUCUUUUUCAUUUCAAUGGCUUCGUUUUUUACUCUAACAGUCCUCUCCAUACUUCUCUUCUUUUCAAUCUCCUCCGUCAGUGCUCGUCACCACCAGCGGAAUUCGCCGGAGUCAUCUACGACGCCGUCAAUUGCGGCUGAGAUCCAAGGAGCUUGCAAGGCCUCGCGGGACCCACCGACUUGCGAGUCCGUGUUAACGGUCUCCGGCAACUUGCCGUCUGAGCUGGCAACACCGUUAAUCAUUCAAUCCGCCGUUAAAGUCGUUUCACAAAACAACGCCGAGGCGAUAGACAUGGUGAAUGCAAUCAUGGACGCGUCCGCAGGGAAUCAGAACCUUACGGACUUGGUGAGGAUCGGUAUUGAGGUUCUAGGAUACGCAGAUAAUAGGAUCGAGCUAACGGCUCAGGUGUUGACACGUGGCAAGAUAAAGGACGCACGUGCAUGGAUGAGCGCCGUGAUGAUUUACCAGUACGACUGCUGGUCCGUUGCAAAACGCGUUAACGAAACCAUCCAGGUGGACAAAACCAUCUCGUUUUUGAACUCGUUGAUCGGGUACAGCAGCAACGCAUUGGGUAUGCUGGUGAACUACGACAUUUACGGGGACGAUACCGGGUCAUGGGCCCCGCCCAAAACAGAACGAGACGGGUUUUGGGAAGGUUUGGAUUUAGACGGGUCGGGUCAUGAUGUAAAGGGUGGGGUGCCUUCUGGGUUGAAACCGGAUGUUACAGUGUGUAAGGAAGGAGGCUGUGACUAUAAGACAGUGCAGGAAGCGGUGAAUGUUGCACCGGAUAAUGGGCUGACCCGGAAGUUUGUGAUAUGGAUCAAAGCCGGGUUGUAUGAUGAGAUUGUUCGGGUCCCGUUUGAGAAGAAGAAUGUGGUAUUUUUGGGUGAUGGAAUGGGCAAAACUGUCAUUACAGGUUCCUUGAAUGUUGGUAUUAAUGGCAUCAACACUUAUGAGACUGCAACUGUCGGAGUUGCUGGUGAUGGAUUCAUGGCCAGCGGUAUCACCUUCCAAAAUACAGCAGGUCCAAACGCCAACCAAGCAGUGGCAUUUCGAUCCGACAGUGAUCUUUCAAUUAUAGAGAACUGUGAAUUCAUCGGCAAUCAGGACACCAUAUACGCCCAUACAUUGCGCCAAUACUACAAGUGCUGCCGCAUCCAAGGCAAUGUAGACUUCAUUUUUGGGAACUCAGCUGCUUUCUUCCAAGAAUGUGACAUCCUAAUCGCACCUCGGCAAUUCCAUCCCGAAGAGGGAGAGACGAAUCCUGUGACGGCUCAUGGCAGGAUAGACCCUGCACAGUCAACUGGAUUUGUCUUCCAAAAUUGUCUGAUCAAUGGAACAGACAAAUACAUGGCCUUGUACUACAAGAAUCCCGAGGUGCACAAAAAUUAUCUGGGAAGGCCAUGGAAGGAGUAUUCGCGGACCGUCUUUAUACAAUGUACUUUGGAGGUUCUUGUUUCAGCUGAUGGGUGGUUGCCUUGGAACGGUGAUUUCGCGUUUAGUACACUUUACUAUGGAGAAUAUAGAAAUACUGGUGCUGGAGCUAAUACAGCAGGACGAGUGCCAUGGAGUAGCCAAAUCCCAGCUGAGCAUGUCAACUCAUACUCUGUACAAAAUUUCAUUCAAGGGGACAAGUGGAUUCUACGUCUUCUUGAUUAACUUGUAAUGCUAAAAGUACAUAGUAAGUCGAGCUCAAUUCAUCGAAUGUGAUUACACAACAUCAACUUCUGUACAACUGCGGUAAAGUAAAAAAUCAAAUGUAAGAUAUAUCUUGCCAAGAGUUUUAAAUUAACUCUGUCAUGACAUAUAGUUCCUGGAGCUCUUGUUUUUGGUAAAAGGAGUUAGGUGUUUGUUACCACAUUGUCUGGUCUUUUACUUGUACUACUAGAGAUGUGACCCUAUUGUCAUUGACUUA